GUGGCUGGACUGCAGAAGUCCCUUGCGGACCGCCAAGGCCUCUGGGAAAAAUACGAGCAGGACCUCAGGGCAAGCUACCGCAAGGAGCAUGCACGCUUCUCGCGGGAUGUUCAGCGGUUGAGAGAGGAUCUAGCGAAGGCGGUGGAGGCACAGGAAACGGUGCAAAGAGAGCUGGUUGCAGUGGCGUGGCGUGGACCACGACAAGAAGCACCAGCACCAUGUGCUGCCGACGAGGAUUUCUUGGCAGCCUGGCGGGCGGAGCCGACUGCCAACGAUGCUCAAGAGGUUAUCAGAAGAGCACUACAAGCCAACGCUGGCCGUCCACGCAUGGAUGCUGCCCACCCGGCAGGUGGGGUGGAUAUGUCAGAUCUUGGCCCCUGGUCGAGGAGAUCCGAGGUGGAGAUGAGAGGGGCUCCCCCCUUGAGCGUGGGGCCACCUACAGCUGCAUGGGAGCCCUUGGGCGCUGCCGCGACCCAUGUCCCAGAACAUGGCCUACCUCGCGAUCCAUACAUGCCGAGCCCCGGUGCCAGGGUAGCGACACCUGUGACAUCGCCCAGCCAGCACUACAAGGCCACCGACGGCACUCGCAUUUCAGUCAAGACCAAGCCUGCGGUGAGCGCGCCACCAACUGGGGGUGUGACGCUCGGAAGCAAGCUGGAGGCCCGAAGGACAGCCCUGGCCCUUUUUGGGGUCAUGCCCCCUGCCCAGGCGCUGCAUUCAUCGCAGGACAGUCUCGGAGGGGAUCAUGCCACUUCAUCGAACUCGGGCGGCCCCUUCCUGACCGAUGCCGAGAUCCGUUCGCGCUUAGGCGCCUUCUCCCUGGUGGACGACGACAAGGAAACAGGUGGCGAAGGCACUUAA